UCGUGGGGCACAGGGUUCAACCUCUGCCUCGGGCACGGGUCUCAUGCCAACGAGAAGUACCCGAAGCCCAUCAAGAGCCUCAAGGAGAAGGGAGUUAUCCAAGUCGCCGUCGGGCCCCAGCACUGCUCCGCCCUGUGCUCGUCCGGGCAGAUCUACUCGUGGGGCAUCGGACUGAACGGGCGGCUGGGCCAUGGCAACAUUCAAGACAGCUCGGCGCCUAAGAUGCUGGCGAGCACGAAGAAGAACUGCACGGCUGUACAGAUCGCUUGCGGUGCUGCCCAUAGCGCGUACUUGACGCAGGAUGGAAAACUUUACAGCUGGGGGAGGGGGUUGAACGGAGAGCUCGGGAAUGGCGAGCGACAUGAUCAGUGGACGCCGAACCUCGUGCUGAGACUGAGAGACCUUGUCGUGUCCUACGUCGCCUGCGGGACUAACACGACAUUCGCGUGCACAGGAGGAGGGCUGCUGUUCUCCUGGGGCAGCGGGAAACAUGGCUGCCUUGGGCUCGGCGACCGUGAGGACAGACUAGAACCUUCGCUGGUGAGAUUGAGAGAGGAGGAUCGGAUCAUCCGAGUCGCGUGCGGGGAGCAUCACUGCCUAGCGCUGACAGAGGAUGGAAAACUUUGGGGCUGGGGGAGAGGAACGGGAGGAUGCCACGGGCUCGGACACACGUCUGAGGUGCUGAGCCCCCACAAGCUGCCAAUGCCGGAGGAUCGAACGAUCGUGAGCAUGUCGUGCGGGAGGUGGCACAGCGCGUACCUGACGAUCCGAGGAGACAUCUUCUGCUUCGGGUCCGGGAGAGGCUUCAGGUACCUGUACGUUCCUCCUGACGUGAACUGA